CUCAUAAACUCGGCCACUCUGUAUGGUUUUUGGGCCCGGUUUCCCUGAUUAACUGAGCCAAAUCUUCUUCUAGUAAUAUAUCGAGCAGCUCACCUGCCGAAUUCUCAAAAAAAAAAAUCCAUCUGCCCGCUUCCUAAUUAGCUCCAGUUCCAAGUCGUGAGAGAGGGAACCAGUGGGUCGAUCAUGGGCAAGAAGAAGAGCGGCAAUGCCGGCGGGGGUGGUGUGGAGGAGGCGGCGGUGGCGGUGGCGAGGGAGUUCGUGCUGAGGGUGGCGAUGCACUGCAGCUGCAACGGGUGCAAGGGAAAGGUGCGCGCCGCCGUGAGGGACAUCACGCUGGCCCGGGGCGUGGAGGCGGCGGACAGCUCGGCGGCCGAGAGCAGCGGGGAAGUCAGGCUGCUGGCGACGGCCGACCCCGAGCGGCUCCGGCGCCGCCUCCACAAGGCCACGGGCAAGAAGGUCGACCUCCUGCUGCCCAAGGAGCCGGCUCCCUCCAAGAAGCAGGAGAGCGCCGACGCCGCCGCGCUGCAGGCGCUGCUCGCCCAGCUGCAGGCGCCGGCUCCGGCCCGUCAGCAGUACGGCGGUGGACAUGGAACGGCCGCGGCGUGGGCGGCGAACCAGCAGCAGCAACAGCAUAUGGGACUGGGUCACGGCUGGAACGGCGGCGCCGGGGGCUACGGCGCGGCGUACCCAUGGCCGCCCUCGUCCUCCUACUACACGGCCGCGCCCUCCACUAGCUGGGGCACGUACGGGUACGCUCCUCCGGCGCCUGCUCCGGUCCACGGCAACGUCGGCCACUACGGGGGCACGCCGGCGUGGCUCGGCUACUGAUGUCGCACACAGUCCCCGCGCGCGCCUGGCGUUCCAUACCGGAACGACAACGAUGGCAUCAGCUGGCUGCAUCACCACCAACGUUCUACUGUAGAUUAGUAUAUUUGUUAGCGCUGUUCAGUGUGUUUGUUUAGUUGAUUAUUAUCCUAAGCUUGUAGUAAUGCUCCUAUAUUGCUCGGAUGCGAUGUACUGCUAUUGCUAAUA